AUGCAUUUGUACUUCGAGAAGAAUAACAAUGCCAAGUGCGACUGCAACAUCCUGUCGCUCAGCUGGAUGGGCAAGGUGCCGGACGAAUCGCCAGAGGAUGAAGGAUGGAAACUAGACCGUACAAAUUACUAUCAGGAAGGAUGGCUGGCCACUGGUAACGCCCGUGGUCUGGUAGGGGUGACUUUUACUACGUCCCAUUGUCGGACGAGGGCCACGGAACUUCCACUGAGGGCAAAUUACAACCUUCGUGGUCAUCGAAGCGAGGUGAUACUGGUGAAGUGGAACGAACCUUACCAAAAAUUGGCCUCGUGCGACAGUUCAGGUGUCAUCUUCGUGUGGAUCAAAUACGAGGGAAGAUGGAGCAUAGAGUUAAUUAAUGACAGAAGCACUCCGGUCACACAUUUCUCUUGGUCUCACGAUGGUCGAAUGGCUCUCAUAUGCUACAAGGAUGGCUUUGUGUUAGUUGGAAGUGUUGCUGGCCAAAGGUAUUGGUCAUCGAUGUUGAACGACAAAGCUACGAUUACCUGUGGCAUUUGGACACCGGAUGAUCAGCAGGUGUAUUUCGGGACAACGGCAGGACAAUUAAUAGUAAUGGAUGUUCACGGAGCGAUGGUGUCUGAGGUACAGUUGGCAGCUGGUGUCACCUCGAUGGUCUGGAGCUCCGAGAAGUUCACGAUGGAAGAAGGAGACGAUGAUUUAACGAACGACAGAUCACACAGAGACGAUCGGAAUUACGUGUUAGCAGUUUGCCUGGCCGAUGGGAAUAUCGUUAUGCUGCGUUCAUUCGACGAUGUCUCGCCCAUCACGAUACGUACAAAUCUGAAAGCGCCCCUGCACGCGGAAUGGAGCAAUUCCAGAAAGCUGUUGGCGAUUGCCGGGACGAAGGACUCGGACAAUUCUCAGAGCACCCCGCACGAGUACACGAACCUUUUGAAAUUUUAUUCGGUCACCGGUAGCCUUGUGUACACCGCGGCGAUACCAUACACGCAAUGUCCUGUGUCGGCACUUACAUGGGGUCACAACGACAGAAGACUUUUCGUCGCGACUGGAGCACGCGUUCAUGCUGCAUGGGUGUCAAGGCGAGUAGGCUCGCUGCAAUUGUUAUCCCGUUUAGCUGUGAGGGCGUCUCUAGCGAGGGAAUCUAGCGUUCAACAACUACCAUUGCCACCGAGAUUAAGAGCAUCGGUGGCUGCUCUUUUCGCUAGUACAAUAAGAUGUUCCGUACCAGAGCCGAGAGAGUUAAGGCGUUUCGUGUCUCGUCCACCUCCAGGAGGUGGAAGACUACACUGCACGAUGCUCAGACACGCCGUGGAACCUGUGCCGUGUUAUACGUUAUACCUAGAGUACUUGGGUGGUUUAGUGCCUCUCUUAAAGGGUAGAAGAACAAGCAAAAUCAGACCGGAGUUUGUGAUAUUCGAUCCGCAAAGCCAAGACAUUCUUCAAGUCGUGGAGGAUACAUCGCAGUGUCCGUCGUUCAGCGAUGGAUCCGACACAGAGAGAGACACGGCUGACCUGUGCGGAUCUCCCAGGAACAAAAGGAAAAAUCGACGGAAAAGAGAAGAGAAAUCGAACGAAGAGACUGACGAUCUCACAUACGUGGAUACUUUACCCGAGCACGCGAGGCUGGUCGAAGUAACGUCCAAUAUCUGGGGCACGAAAUUCAAAUUUCACGGACUGGCGGAUUCGGUCCCUGCGAACUUAGGUCAAGUUACUUAUCGAACAUCGUUGCUGCACUUGCAGCCGCGGCAAAUGACUCUGGUGAUGACGGAGCUGCGCGAUGACGUGCCAGCAGGUCCAGAUCCUACGUUCAAUCCUAAUUUAUUCUCCGAAGACGAGGAAGAAUCGUUUCAAGAACUUCAAGCUGCCUCGAGAAACACGUCCGAAGCACAACCUCCUCCAAUUGCGCCGAUGACGCCUCGUAACGCGCGACUCAACUCUAAUCGUCCAAAAUCUCAAAUUUCUAAUCAAUUUAUGACCAGCGAAGCCUUAUCUACCACGCUGCCUAGGGUCGAGAAUUACGAGAACGAAUUGCCCUACGUAGACUUGCAGGAAAUAGGAAACUUGUACGAGAACUUGAGAACCGCUCCCACGAACACUUAUCGAACACCACCGAGGCACAAUCCACCGAGAUGUUGCGACGUGCCAGCUCUUCAAUCACCGAAAAACGCGGUUGCACCCACGCAAACCAUAAUCGCGACGUCGAACACGGGAACCGAUUACUCGAACAAUAUUCAAAGAAUGAAAACCGCGCUUGCAGAUCAACAGCCUGGUCUAGUAACGAAGAAAGAGCUCGAGAACAAUAAAUUCAAUCAAAUUUCACAAGAUGAGAAAACCGUGUUAACAUCCUGUCCAUCGACUAUCAUUCCCAUGUCGAUACAAAACGGACAAGCUUCAACCAUGGAAGCGUCGAACAGUCACGGUUGUUCUCAAGGUUCUAUUGUCAAUGGUUUGGACAGCAACAAUAUUAGCAACACUCAGUCGCAGACGAUAUUUUUUAACGCCUUGCACAAUAUCACGUGUUCGAGCACUGUGAACGGAAUUCAGGGUAAAAACAAUCACAACGCCAACUGUUUAGUAAAUCAGACAUCUUCGACGAAUACAACUGCUCAGCAUACACCGAGCAAUGGUCCUUUCAGCAAAAAUGGGAUACACUUGUCCAGCAAUCAUUCGCCAGCCUGUUCUUAUCAAUUUCCGGAGAACAUCGAUCAGUGUAUCGGACAAUCUUGCUCCCAUUGCACUUCGAAGAUCAGAGAUCCGAAAUCUCGCGAAUUGUGCGGGAAGAUAAGUAGCCCUACCACCGGUAGAAUCGACGAAAUGCGUUUCAUCGACGAAGAGACUCGCGGGGAGACUGAAGGAACGUUCGAUCAGUCGCGAGCUGUUCACAGAACACCCACGGUUGUCAGUAUUGGCCCUCUUUGUGUGAACGAUUCCAUAGUGAGAAGCUGCAGCGUUGGUUACUUGGACCUGGUUGACGCUCAAUUAGUCCCCUGUGACGUUGCUUUGAAGAUGUUGAGGAAGGAGGCGCCGAACAAGAGACUGGUCUUGGUAUCGAGGAAGUCGAAGAGGAGAAAAAAGAACAAAGCUCAGCAGGAGAUAGGGCAGCAAAGUUCAAAAUCACCGAGACUUCGUAAUUGUGGUAAAUCUAAGAGUUUGGACUCCAGUGAUAUAUUUCCGACUAACGAGCAGAUAGCUCUGCCGCCGAAGUUGCUCGAACACGUUGAAGAAGUAACGGGAACGACGAAUCUCGAGAUCGUCGAAGACAAAAGCAACGAGUCCUUGGAGAAGUUGCCAGACCCGAUUGAAUUAUCGAACGAAUGCGCGAAGAACACCUCGGACUCCAGUGUUGUUAAUUCCAUCGAAGUUAAGCCGAGUCGAUUGAAAAGUUGUAACUCACCUGCUAGAGGAUCUAGCCCAAGCGGUUCAUUGGCGUCAUCUUUGGAUGGUCUUGCAGCCCGGCUUCGAGAUUUUGACGAAAGUCACUCUUUGCCACCGCCAUCACCUCGUCCAUCCACUAGAUUGCCUAGAAGUUCUCCUAGCAGUCCAGCACCUUCGAAGAAAGGUAAAAGGCCGGCGUCAGCUUCACCAAUUAGGAGAAGGCUUCUAUCGAGUCCUUUAUUAAGUAGAAAAACACGGAAAAGUCGAGGUGAAAGUUCGGACGAGGAAGGACUCCUGCAGGACGAAUCAUCGACGAAUUACAGGGACCUCGAGACAUUCCAAAAGGCGCAAUUGCGUCAAAAGUUGAAGCAGAAGGGAGGUGGAAUAUCUAGUCACAAGUCAGAGGCAGUGAGGCGAGAGCUUGUUAUGCACAACAAAGCGCCUAUGUGGAACGAAUCUAGUCAAGUGUAUCAACUGGACUUUGGCGGUAGAGUUACUCAAGAAAGCGCGAAAAAUUUUCAAAUAGAGUUCAAAGGUCGACAGGUUAUGCAAUUCGGAAGGAUAGAUGGGAACGCUUACACGUUGGAUUUCCAAUAUCCUUUCAGCGCUUUACAAGCCUUUGCCGUUGCCUUGGCCAACGUCACACAACGGCUCAAGUAAUCGUUAGCUGUCGGUACUUCAUUUGAUACAAAUUUGUGUGAAAUUGGGAAAGCGAGUACUGAAAAUGCUACCCGGAACAUAUACUAUAAUUACAUUAAAUUAUUCGUCCAAACUAAAAAAAAAAAAAGGAAAAGAACAGA